AUGUCAACUGACCCCAGCGUUGUCCCUAGCUCCACAAGCUCCCCAUCAUUGAUCUCAGUGCCCGACACCCCGACCGACCCAAGCUCCGGGCCGUUCACCCACUCUACCGCGCCGCCCUCCGAAGCUCCACUGCGGAACCCGCCCCAAAUUAAAGAGGCCCAAGCUAAGCAUUCCGCUACGAUGGCCGAUUCCAACGCCACCAGUAAUACUGGUUUGGAUACCAAACACGAGGUAGAGCCUUCCAUCGACAACAAUGGCGUCAAGACGGAGACAAAGCCAUCUGUGUCUGUUACGGAAAAUGCCUCCGUCAAAACCGCAUGCAAGAAACAUUCUGGGAAAGAGUCGGACAUCACCGGUCGAAAACGUGAUUCCAAGAAAAAGAGCCAUAAAUCGGCGUCAACGCCCGACGAGGAUACGACCUCGGAGUCAACUUCAUCCUCUGGCAGCAGCUCUAGUGUCAACGAUUCUGGCUCCGAGGAUGACGACGCUCUGUCCAGCUCGUCUGAAUCAGAGACAGCUCGAAAGAACCGAAGAAACCGGACAAGGAACAAAGCCAAGAAGGUCCUUAAGGGUAACCGGAGAAGGAAGUCUCGGUCCCACCAGCAAGUAGCUUCGGAUACAGACUCUGGCAGUGAUGAUGAUAACGAAGAUGAUGACCCCCUGGAUGAAAAAACACUGAGAAGGCUUUUGACUAGGCUCCAGGCGAAGAGGUUGGCCAAGAAGCGAACCAAGGGAAAUUCCUCCGAGGAUCAGCAGGAAGAAGAGGCUGAGGCCAAUCCAGAUGACCUGGCUUUGUUACUGGCAAAAGAAAUGGCGGCUCUGAGUCUCAAACUCGGCGACGGACGCAAACUAGGCGAUGGGCGCUGGGGCAGAGCUCGCGGGAAGAGACACGCGGCCGACGGCCUGACGGAUGGUCAAAAGGGCAACCUGCAGAAAUCUAAGCACAAAAAGAAAGCUGCUUCAAAGAUGGCGUUCAAGCGGGUUGAUCAAUUGUGGGACAAUACGAUUCAUAAUUACAAGCUCACAGAGACUGUUGAUGAUACCGGUGCGAAUGAGUGGGAUCAGUAUAUUUUUACGGUUCGGCGCAAGUUCGACUGGGAGAACAAGUACCUGGAAACCGUCGUCGAUAUCAAGAGCAAACACUUGCGGGACGCUCUGGCUAAAGUCAUGGACGGUGUCAAGGGCGUGAGCUUGGUACAGGAGACUGCCGUUGUCGAUCCAAACAUGCUCUUCCUGUAUCUCGAGGAGACUCGGGCAUACAUGAAGGAGCUGAAGCAGCAGGCCAAGAAAGAAACGAAGAAGAAGGCUAGGAAGCUGGCGGAUCUCAAAGCAGCGCAACUCAAGGUUCUCAUCAAGUAUCUGGACACUGACUACGCAGAGACGAAAAAGACUCUGUAUCCUUUGCUGGAAGCGAACAUGAUCACCUUCGAUCUGCUGUGGGCACUGUACAAGCCGAACACCAUCGCCUAUACAUCGACUUACGGCAAUCAGGACGAGCCCCGUGCCUUCAAAAUUGAAUACGCCACUAAAGAAUCCUCUUUCAUGAAAGGCCAAUGGUACAGCAUUGAGGGUCGUUACUUGGAAUACGACGGCAAGUCGUUCGGCAUGGGAACAAUGGCCGCUGAAGUAGAGUUCUUCAAGGGCGUUCGCAAAAUCACGAGCCUCAGUUGCUAUCCGCUCAAGUACCACAGGGAGGCCGAGGAGGUCAAGGCCAAGCUGAUCGAGCGCGGCAAGAAAUUUGUGGCACUGAGGGGCAUGAAUUACCGCUUCCACAAGGGAAUGGCCUUCUACAAGAAGAAGCGGACAGUCAUCAAAGUCAACAUCAAUGGCCGAGUCAUGAUUGACCCCGCGAUCCAUCGUCGUAUCAACCCCAAUUACCCAAUCAGCACUGUUCGUCCCAAGGACCCUGAUAUUCCACAUCAGGACAGUCGAGACCCUGAUAACCCCAAAAUUGUAUACAAAGUCGUGCAAGACAAAGACGGUAGACCUCGUGUUGUGGAAGUGGAGCUCGAUGAGAAUGGGAAUGUGAUCCAAAAAGAGAAGAUAGACGAAGUACAGGACCCCUCUGACCGUGAAUUCACGGAAGAGGAGUUGCUCAUUGCAAGUCCGGUCGUUCUGGGGUUCGCCUUCAGCGAGAAGUUGUGGCUGGAGUUUAGCAUCUCUGGAAUCAGCGACAUCGACUGGAACGAGGACGCUUUUGACUCUCUUGUCCUUCCCGACAAUCAAAAGUCGAUCGUCAAGGCUCUUGUGGAGUCGCAUACUUUCCGCGCCGCGCAGAACAUCGACGAUGUCAUUCAGGGCAAGGGCAAAGGACUCGUCGCCGUGCUCCAUGGACCACCCGGCACGGGCAAGACUCUGACUGCGGAAGGUAUCGCCGAGUUGCUAAAACGGCCUCUGUACAUGGUCAGCGCCGGAGAACUCGGAACCGACUCGAGGACUUUGGAAGCGGAACUCAACAAGAUUUUGGACAUCGCGCACUCAUGGGGCGCGGUCCUUCUGCUGGACGAGGCCGAUAUCUUCCUUGAGAAACGCACAAUCCAUGAUAUCCACCGCAACGCACUUGUGAGCAUCUUCCUCCGCCUCCUUGAAUACUUCCAAGGCAUCCUCUUCUUGACCACCAACCGAGUGGAAACCUUCGACGACGCAUUCCAAUCUCGUAUCCAUGUCGCACUGCGAUACGGAGACCUUACAACCAAAGCAAAGAGAAGCGUCUGGAAAAUGUUCCUGGAAAAGGUCCAGGCUAAAGAGGGCGUACAGACUGCAAAAUUCACUGACAAGGACUUUGAUGCGCUGGCGCGUCACAAUCUGAACGGACGUCAGAUCAAGAACUCCGUCCGCACGGCUCAAGCGCUAGCAGUCAACGAACAGACCCCCUUAUCGAUGGAACACAUCAAACGUGUCCUUGAAGUGGCCGAAACUUUCGACCAUGACCUUCGCGGCGGAACCGGCUACAUGGACGCUAUGCGAAGCUAUACGUAA